GCUGUCGGCUUUAAAGGGAUUUGAUACAUAUAAAUAUAUAUUUAUUUUCUAUAUAUCCCUCCUCCCCUUUGACUAUGUUUGCCACUGCCCCGCGCUCUGAGGUUGACGCGGCGCUCAGUCCGGGGAAGGAACAGGGGAGCCGAACAAGCGGGUCCUGGCGCGGUGCUGCGUUCGCGGUCGCUUCCGUCAUGAGACGCCGGUGAGCGCGCGGGGAACAGGAUGCCCUUCGGCGGCGCCGACUCACUGAAGCCCAGCGCCUUCAUCCCGGUGUGCACGGCCGCCUGCCUCCUGGUCGGCUCCACCUCCCUGUUCUUCGUCUUCACAUGCCCGUGGCUGGCUGUAAAUAUCUCCCCUGCUGUGCCGCCAUGCUGUGCCAUCCUCUUCCUUUUUGUGCUCGCCAACUUCACCAUGGCAACCUUCAUGGACGCCGGCGUGCUCCCGAUGGCCAACGAGGACGAGGACAAGGACGACGAGUUCCGCGCUCCGCUGUACAAGAACGUGGACGUAAAGGGCGUCCAGGUCCGGAUGAAGUGGUGCGCUUCGUGCCAUUUUUACCGGCCUCCCCGCUGCUCCCACUGCAGCGUUUGUGAUCACUGUGUGGAGGACUUUGACCAUCACUGUCCCUGGGUGAACAACUGUAUCGGGAGGCGAAACUACCGCUACUUCUUCCUGUUUCUGUUGUCGCUGACAUUUCACAUGAUCGGUGUCUUCAGCUUCGGACUCAUAUACGUCUUGCACCACAUGGACGAACUGUGGAAGCUGCACUGCACUGUCACUUUGGUAGUGAUCAGCAUAUCAGGACUGUUUCUUCUCCCGGUCCUGGGGCUCACUGGUUUCCAUUUUUACCUGGUGUCCAGAGGUCGCACCACCAAUGAACAAGUAACUGGGAAGUUCCAAGGAGGAGUAAAUCCUUUCACACGAGGUUGUUGCAACAACUUGGAGUAUCUGGUUUGCAGCCCAAUCUCUCCAAAGUACACAGCGAGGCCCCGUAACAAAGCGGUGAUCCACGUUCAGCCUCCGUUCCUGAGACCGGAGAUUGACCGGCAGAGGCAAAUGAAAGUGAGGGACAAUGGGACUCAGAGGCAGGAUCUCCAAAAUAAACGCACUUCAGCCGGAGGUGUCGAGCUGUCAGACAUCAAGCAAAUGAACACUCCUCCACCACUGCCACCAAAGCCGGAUCACAGCCCGCCCAAAAGCCAACUGGCUGUCGUGGAUGAUGUGCGACACCAUACCAAAUGUAUCAUUCCUGUAUCCAUUCCCACCGUGCCACAACUCCGGCCUGUCUUGGAUGCCAUAUCCAGAGGAUCGUCACCCAUUCCUCCAGAGCAGUUGCUGAAGACAUCAGAGCAGCAAGGGAGCGACAAGGGUCCCGACGUCCGCUCCGAACUCCAAAAAAGCCCUCGGAGGAGCAGCCAGCCGGCCGGCCUUCCCGUCCAGACCAACACCAUCUCAACCUCGAUGCAGCUCAACUCUCUGACGCUCAACAGCCGAUCUCUCACCCUCAAACACGGCAAUCGCCAUGGCAGCAAAUCCCAGCUCCCUGCAAUGCGCGGUGACGGUAUGGGAUCCAAUCCCCCGCCGGGGAUCAUUAGCUCGUCCAGCUUGCUGGCCAACCAGAGCAGCAGUGUCUCGUAUGAUAACCUCAUUAACCCCUCAGAUCCUCCGUUCCUGCCUCAGAGAGGUGCUCCUCCAGUUGGCUACCACCCUCACUUUUUGGCUAUGGGCAUGGACGGGUCCGUGUUGCAGCGCCCCCCUCCUCGCGGCUAUAGUCCCGUGUUUAUGGGCGUCACCAGACAGUCUCCGCAGCAUCGGGACAUCUCGCCUUCUCUGCAGGGCCGCACCUCGAGGGAGCCCUCACCUUCCUUCCAAGGUUUCCCUCAAAGAGACCCUGGUCCGGCGUUCCAAGGGCUGAUGUCCAGAGACCUCGCAUCCCAAAGCGUGACAUCACGAGACCUCAGCCCCACAGGUCCGACGAUGCGAGAUAAGACCUCUCAAGGUCUACGAGACGGCCUUUGCGAUCUCGCCUCGCAGGGUUUGACGCCUCAGAAGACCGCACCCGUGCGCUACGACAACUUUUCCAAAACCAUCAUGGCAUCGAUCCACGAGCGACGAGAGGUUGAGGAGAGGGACAGGAUGCUGCGUCUCCAAGCCAGGUCCCAGGCCCUCUAUGGCCCAGAUGUGGGGAUCUAUGACAUCCCCAGCAGGAGGAGUCUACCACCAGACAACACCAGACCUCCGGGCUCCCGUGGACCGACUCCUCCGGCCUACGGCUCCAGGGAGUUCCUGAUGAGUACGGGCAUCCUCGGUUACGGCAUGAGGACCUCGCCUCUGUCCAGCUCCUCCACGUCGUCUCUGACUCGAGGCCCGAAAACGUCCAGCUCUCCGCUGCAGAGCAGCAGCAGCAGCAGCUUGCAAAGCAAGGGCAGGUCUUCCUCUCCGGCUUACUGCCCUCCUGACAGACAGACUCAACCCCUCCCUUCCUCCACGUCCACUCUGCCCCGCUUGGCCUCCUCCUCCACCCCCGCAUACGCCUCCUAUGCCACCGCAAAACGAUCCUCGCUCCCAUACUCCUCAGAGGGGAAGGAUGCCGUCGCCCUGGGAGCGCUGAAAUAAUGUGAAAAUAGUCAAUGUCUGAUGGUGUGAAUUGAUCAUCUAUGCAGUGUUAGUCUCAGUCUUCGCAGCUCCAAAAUACUUUGUAAAUACGAGGCCAUAUGGGACUUUACUGUGUGGGAGGGAGAAUACACAGUGAAGGAUAAACUUAGAAAUACUCUUGAAACAUCAUGCAAGUUUAACAAAUCCGAAAAACGGUGAAUCUCAGGAUAGUCGUGCCUCCUCUUUACAAAACAGAGCGAGCUCUAUAAACUCAGUCACAGCAGAACAGCUAUGUAAAGAAUACAUAUUAACUUAUUAUCUGUUUGUAUGUGUUUUGAUAUUGCUUUUGUGAAACAAUGUAACACCAUAUCACUUCAUAUGUCUCCCGCUGCAAAAUACCCAUUUUAAUAGAAUUUUGUAGUUGUUUAUAUGAAUAAACUUAUUUUGUAAUUUUCA